GCUUCUAAUCAAUUUUCAUAUGCUAAAGGAUUACUUGAAAGGGCUUAUAUUGAAAUGAAAACAGCCUUGAAAUUAUUAAGUUUAAAUAAAGUUUCAGAAAAAACAGCAAGCAUUCAAGACAAUAAUAAUGAUGAUGAUGACAGAUUUUUUGAUAAGUUGAAAACUAUAUCUCGUCAAGCAUUAAAAUUAAUUGAACUGGAUGAAGUAACACAUUAUCUAACUUUGGACAGUAUUGGGCUUAAUGAUGAUCUGAUAAAAUGGUAG